AUUCUCGAAUGUAAACAAGACAGGAGGAAAACCUCGUCAUGAACUACCAUGAGACAGUGCUGAAGAACAUAAGUACAAGAGGUUUCAUCCAUCUGAUGGUGUUCUCCUUACUGAUAAUUAUUGCAGCUAUGAUUGUAAGUGGUAGAUUGGCUCCCAACCAGUGGGACUCAAUCACAGUAAAAGGCAUCAUGUGCCAGGACCAGCAACAAAACCAUGCCACUGGCAGCAGUGGCACCUGGUUUUGGCCAGACCCUCACAACAGUAAGUGCCACACCAUCAGACCAAGCCAGACCCACAAGACGAAGGGGCACUCAAAUGGUUAUGCUUCGCAGAGCCACAUUGUCUUUGCAUUUGAGACACCUCCUGGGAAAGAGGGAUACUCUCGGUGGCAGAGCAGCCUCAUAGCCCUGCUACGCCUACGUCUGACCAAUGAUUCACAACCAGAUUCUGGAGCAGUGAUUAAUCAUGAGGCUCGCCUGGGAUACAUGACCUCCAGUGAGAAAACCAAAGAGAUUGAGUACAUCGCCUCCAACGAGCAGGAGCGUCGACUUCUGUGCCACAGCAAUCACCAGUUCCAGCAAGAAACCUAUGACUGUUCCCCGGUUGUCAUAGCAGUCCUGUAUAGCCUUCAUCAUGACCACUACAUUAUCAACAUCAGGCUCUUCCAUAGUUCGGGCAAAGAUGGACAAGGACGGCUGCAUUUUGACGGCUUGGGAGGGAUUGAAGACAUGUAUAUGACAUUUAUCACUCAGACAGCAGAGUAUACAAAGGUUCGUAUGUCACUGCAAACCAUGUUCUUCCCUGUGGUUGCGGCCAUGCUGUUACGGUUCAGCACACUGGUGAGGCAGUACUGGGGCCCCAUGAAUUUCCUGCAGUGGGCACUGGCAGUCCUGGCUGGGAUUUUGACCAUCUUGAAUUGUCCUUUAGAGUGCUUGAAUCUGAUUGCUGACUUUGAGUGGCUCAUCAUGAUCGAUGAUUUCCGUUACUGCCUGUUCCGCAUUGCUUUUCUCAACUUCUUCCACACCUUGACAGAUCUGCAUCACAAAAACAACGAGCAGCGUGCGAAGGUCCGAACUGUAAUGCACUUCCUGAUAUCAAUUGCUUGCUUGUUCAUACUUCUGGUAGAUGACGUGGACCACUUCAAUCUCCUGAUGGACCCUUUGCCACUCCUCUGGGUCCCCACGCACCAGACCAUGACACUUUGCAUGUUCCUUCUGCUGACGGCCUUCCUCGUGUACAACACAUUUAGAGUCAUCUUGGCAAUACUGGAAAUUAUGGCGAAGACCAGCAUGAACGGAAGGAUCUUCGGAAUAAAUGAAAGGGAAAUUAUCCUCCUAGUUUUGGCAUGGUUAUGUGUGUUUGUCACUGCCUUUGAAUUUGUUAUCAGAAGGCUUCAUGAUGCAAUGUGGAUUUGGGAGGACUGCUUUGGUCUGCUGGAAAUCGAACACACCAGUGCCUUUCUUUUGGGGGUCUACUGCUUCUGGAAUGUCAUCACUUGCCUGCUGCUCUUAGUUUUUGCUCCAUCCCCCCCAAGAGCACCCCAGCCUGACCUUGGGAGUGUCAUGAGGCUGACCCCUUCACCAGGACACCAAGGGGCCAAUCCUGAGAAUGGAGGAGGAGGACAGCGUGGAGAGCUUGUUCCUCGUAGAAGCAUGAGGCGUUACCCUCUGUUGCGUCAGAAUGCAGUAGAUGAUGCAGUUACUGAAGAUCCAGAGGAAGUGUAAAAGGAGAAGCGUCACUUUGUCAACCAGAAUAGUCAGGAUAACUAUUGAUAAAGCUCAAAAUGUGAUUGUUGAAUUUGAAAAUGCAACAUAUCUUGCAAUGGCUGCAAAAUGCUUUUCUUGUGUUGAUGAUACCAAAGAUAUUUAAGAACAC